AUGGACUUAUCAACAAUGGCACAAUUCAACCUAAAAAGCCCAGAGCAGUUGUUCGCUGCCUUUGCCAAGUUUAGCGAAUCCAACAAAGAAUCCACUGCUACAGACCAAACCGACAACGAAUCCUAUUCACGAUCCUUGUCUCCAGAAGUCAAAUCAGAAGAUUGCAAAAUGGAAAUCGAUGAGAAUUGCAACAACAACGAAAUGGCAUUACAGAGCAUUUUGGGCGAUGACAACUCAUUUGCAGCUGAGCUGUUUAAAAAUGUCGCUCAAAGCCAAAUGGACGAAUCUACCACGCCCACCAAGAAUGCUGGCUACAGAGCUGAGUUGAAACGGCCAGAUUUGAAAGGUAAUUUAUUUUAAAUAUAUGUAUUUUAAGCCUCUGAAUGGUUUUUUUAACAUUUUUAAAUAUUUGACGAAAUGUGACAAAAAUUAUUGGUUUUUGAAAUAACGCAAAGUAACUAUUUUAGCAUUAUAUAGACAAAAAAUAUUCAAAAUAUCAAAAAAAUAUAUUUUUUAAUUUUGACGAAAUGUCACUAAAUUUAUUGAUUUUUUUGAAAUGUCAAUGAAAUGCCACAAAAUUUAUUGAAUUUUUUGAAAUGGUACAAACUAGCUAGUUUACCAUUAUACUAGCAAAAAUUAAGUAUAACAUGCUAAAAAUGACUCUUUUUAGUAUUUGACGAAAUGUCACAAAAUCAAAAAAUUCUUUCACUUUUUGUAUUUCUAAAUAAAAGAAUAAAGUUAGGUGAAAUACGUUAACCAGGCCUAAAAAACGUAACACUAAAAAAUUUUACAUCUAUUAUAUUUUUGAUGUAAAAUACGGCCAUUCGAAAAGUAGUUUAGCAUAUUAGUGUUCUUUUUCAGGUCAAUUCAGAUGCACAAUAUGUAACAAAGUGUUCUGUCACUCGUCCUCGUUGAGUCGUCAUCGAAUGCAAGCUCACUUCAAAAGCUACACAUGUACAUUGUGCUCUAAAGAAAUUACUAGUAAGUUGAAAUGUUUAUGA